AUGGAUUCACCGUCUUCUUCUUCAUCUUGUGUUUCAUCAACUUCACUUUCCCCAAUUCAUCAAAAUUGUCAAAUUUGUUUCCAAGCAGCUCAUGGAAAGCAUUUUGGCGCAUAUUCCUGUAGAGCAUGUUCUGCAUUUUUCCGAAGAGCUGUGAUUGGAAAUUAUGAGAAAAUAAAAUGCAGACAGGGAGAUGGAAAAUGUGAAGCAAGAUUAGAUGGAAGAUUCAGUUGUAAAAAAUGUCGAUUGGAAAAAUGUUUCUCAGCUGGGAUGAGAGAAGAAAGUAAGUUCCAAAAAAUCCAAAUAGUUGCCAAUCAUAUUUUAAUUUCUUAGAACUUCAAUUUGAUCGUGAUCUUGUUUCAUCAACUGAACAAUUUGUUAGAAAACGAAAAAUAUUAUUUUCAACAAUUCCCCAUUCACCCGAAUGUUUUCUUGGUCGUCCAAGUUUUAUUUUUGCUUGCGAACCUGAUAUUGCAACUUCAAGUAGAACUUUGAUUGAUGUUCAAUUACUUAUUGAGAAAGCUUCGAAUUUAUUUAUUUCAAAUAAUUCUUCAAGACAAUCUGAAAUUUUAACUGGAAUGAGCACUUUGGAUAGAUUAUCAUAUGCUCUAGAUUUGUCUCAUGAACCAACGAAUGAAGAUCCAGUUAUUGUUAAUAAAAUUGGAAAAGAUGAAACUUUAUUGUUUUGGGAGUAUAAAUUUUUGAAUGCUGCAAAUUGGCUGACUUAUAGUGAUGAAUUUCAACAACUUCCACAAAAAAUGAAAGUUGAGUUUGUAAAGUCAAUUUGGUUUGUUUGGAUGAAAAUGGAUAAAAUUGCUGGAGCUGCCGAACGUCGAAUGAAACAAAAAGAAAAAGAAGAUGAAAGUUUAUGCCACGUAACAAAAAAUGUUUAUAUUGAUAUUGACAAGGUUGAAUUGGAUACAUCUUGGAUGUCAAAUUAUAAAAAAGAACAAUUGGCAUAGUAAGUUAAAGAGCAAUGAAAUAUUCUAAAAAAAAGUGGAUCAUUUCAGCUUCAUCGAAAAACCGAGUAGAUCAUAUCAAAAUAAUAUUGUUGAACCAUUAAUGGAACUUCGUCCCACAAUUCAAGAAGUCACUUAUAUGGUCUGUGUUGUCUCAUUUCGUUAUGCUGCUAAACAACACGGUGGAGAUAUUGCUGAUAUUUCGGAAAAGUUAAUUGAAAAACUUGCCAAUGAUCUGCACAAUUAUUAUUUCAAUGAAAUGAAUUUGAGAAAUUAUGCAUCCAGAAUGGCGAAAAUGAUGAGAAUUGUUCAAUUUGUCGAGGUAGUACAAAAAACAUGAAGACAUUAGAAAAAGUUCCAAAUUUCAGCGUGACAUCCAAGAUCGAAAACAACGUGCUGAAAUUGCCAGGCUUUUCGAUGUUUUCACAAUCGAAUUCUCACAUCCGGAAAUGUUUAUUGGAUUUUAA